AUGUCAGCUCUAUAUGAUAGCAUAUCGACCGAGAGAGUGUACUGGGAUAAAAAGUCGUGUUCAACCAAGAAUGAGUGGCUGGACAAAAUAGCCCAUUCCUCAACAGUAUAUGUCGGAAAUCUAGCCUUUUCGACGCCAGAGGAGCGUAUACACGAGGUGCUUCAAGCAGCCGGAGAGAUUGAUAGAAUUGUUUUGGGACUAAACAGUAUACAGAAGAGCCCCUGCGGGUUCGCCUUUGUAAUAUACAAGGACGUGAAGUCUGCAAAGAGAGCAAUCAAAAUGUUUAAGGGAUGUAUAAUCGACGGAAGAGUAAUAAGAGUGGAUGCUGACCCUGGAGAUAACGUGGAUGAAUCCAGAAGGUUCGCUAGGGGAAUCAACGGAUAUCAGUGGCGAGAUGCAUUUAGGAAGGAGUUUGAUACUAGCAGGGGAGGGCAAGGACUAGGUGUAGACCACGAGAUAUUAAACCAGAGGCUAAAGGUCCCACAGAUAAUGUCAUCAACACUAACCGAUAACACUAGGAUGCUAAGAUGA